AUGACUACCAACGUCAGCGAACUCGCGUGCCCCAGUGUUUUCCUCAAUGAGUUGCAGUUUGGAGAUGGCGGAUUCGUCGAGGGCCGGUUAUCGGCAAACUGGGUUGCAGUAGCUAGCACGGUCUGCUGCCUGUUCCUGCUGCUGUCGUGGGCCUUCCUACCCAUCGAGAAGACGCACCGGCACUACCUCAGCAUCUGCCUGACAGUAGCCGUCGUCUUUAUGAAUCUGGGCUUCGUCAUCCCUCUCGCAGGAGAGCCAGAGCAGUGCUACGACGCCAUUACGCCAAACGACAUGCAGACGAGCUCAGUAUGCGCCGCCUCGGGGACGUUCAUCAUAAUCGGUGGCUGGGCUGCCGUGCUCUGGAUCUUUCUCAGGGCACUCUCUCUUCAUCUCCAAAUUUGCUGGCAGGUUGUGGUCGGCCGGAAUUUCAUGUGGUUCUCUCAGGCUGCUGGAUGGGGCCUCCCAGCGAUCGGCAUCAUCCUGGCCUUGACAUUGAGCGGUGUUUCGUUUCGUUUCGGAGCGACCUGCCACAUCAACCACCAGAACAGUCUCGCAGAUUUGUGGAUUCCUUUGCUUGUCCUCGCCGGCGCCACAAUCAUCAUCCAGUUCGCGACCUUCGGCUACUGCAUCAAGGUGUAUCUCGCAUCCCUGGCUGACAACAAUGCCACCACCGAAAACUCGGCCGGCCUGCCGUCCUACUCCAACAGCAUCCGCACCAUGACGCCGCGACAGGCGUAUCGCCGGAUUCGCCGUGUUAUCCAGCUCCAGUGGCGCGGAAUCGCUAUCGUGCUGAUCAUCAUUGCCGACGUCAUCUUUUUCGCCGUGGUAUUCGUGUUCCAGGACAAUACGAUUCAAUCCGUCAAGCAGGAUCCGUCGAUCGCGCUGCCCUGGAUUGCUUGCAUCACGCUCAACGGUGGAGACAAGAACAAGUGCCUUGAUCAGGCAGGCAGUAUAGCCGUAGAUAUGGCUACUGUGGGAGCUGUUUUGAUACUUUUGGCCAUGAACGGCUUUUGGCUUCUCAUGUUGCUCGGGCGCUGGUCCAUGGUGACCGCCUGGCUGGACCUGUUGGGCCGCCGCCCUGCCGCCAAGCGCGAAUUUGUGUCAGUUGAUGCAAGGCUAGACGACCUUAAGAUGAAUACAGACCCACGUUCGUACGAGAUGCUAUCCCGGGACUCCGGGAAGAAUUACAUGGACGAAAUGGUAACACCGGACACAGUUCGAGAGGGUCCGAUCUAUCCUCCCAUAAGAAGUUACCUCGCUUCGACCGCGAGCCCCACGAUUGACAGCCCCGACAUGAGCUCGGGCCGACGGACACCGGAUUACUUUGGACCCCAGGCACGGUACCAGCCGCCUGUGAGGUCCUUCUCCAGCCCAAGACCACCGACGCGAGAAGGCCAGGGCUCGCAGGCAGGCUGGGACGCGAGCGCGGCAAGACAAUACUCGCGAAGCCCACCGCCAACGGGCCAGUACUCACAGAGUCCCCCGCAAACGUACUCACAGAGUCCCCCGCAAACGUACUCACAGAGUCCCCCACAAACGGCGCACCAGCACCAACACCAACAAAGCUACGGCUCACAAGAUAUGAACCCCCUGGGGAUGAACAGGAUAUGA